AUGGCUUUGUGGAGUGGGAAUGAGCAGUUGUUGUGCAAGGCGUUCCCCUUAUCCUUUGGAGAGAUUACAUCAGAUUGGUUCUACAAGUUACCAAAAGGAACUGUGAAGAGCUAUGAAGGCUUGGCCGAGAUGUUUGUAGUCAGGUUUGUCACGAACAAGUUGCAGCCACUGAAGGUAGACUCCCUGCUAGCUUUGAACAUUAGCGAGGGUGAAAGCCUCAGGGCUUACGCAAAGAGAUAUUAUGAGGUGUUCAACAGAAUUCCAGCCUGCAACCAAGAGCUGGCGGCCAUGUCUUUUAAAAACGGCUUGAAUGAUGAAUGCCCUCUUCGAAAAUCGUUGGCAAAAACCCUACCAAAAAGUAUGGAGGAGCUCAUGGCACUGAUUAAGAAAUAUACCAGGGCAGAAGAGGACACGCAAGGAAUGAAGACACCAAAGCAAAAAAAGAAAAAUGACUUGCCGAAGCGAGACCGAGGUAAUUCCGGUGCAAAUAAGCAGGAGACAAGAUUAAAGGCUGCACAGGCAGUCACCACUGUAUUCAGAAUCCCGAUCUACAAAGUUCUAGAAAGGAACAAGAACCAGUAUUAUAGAGCGCCUAAAAAGAUCCCUGGCGAGUUUAUGGGAAUAAGCCUUGGGAAGCAUUGUGCUUACCAUAAUGAGGAUGGGCACUUGACGCAGGGGUGUAGGGCACUGAAGAUGUACUUGGAGGAUCUAGUCAGACAGGGUCACCUGAGAGACGUAGUAGAUGAGACCAAGAUAAGAGAAGAACAUACAAGGCUACCUUAG